AUGACGUCAGCUCUUGCAAACCCAGCCCCCACUGCUGGCCCACCGUCCCCCUCUGAUGACAGAACCCCUAAGGAACCUUUCUGCAAGGAGCAGGAAACCAGACCUCCCCAAUCCCUACCACCCGAAAACCCACCCAUAACCCCCUUGCAACCCAAACCUCAGAUGGACCCACCCAAAACCCCAUCCAAUGAACCGGAACCGACCCCCCCAUUGCCACCCCAACCAAUGAGCUUUAGGGAGAAAAUUCUCCAAGGGAAAAGGUGGAUGAAGAAGCCAAUGUUCGAGGAAGACCAUGAAAUUCUGAUGGGGGAGGGCGAUCUCAUUUUCGAUCUGAAUGGCCCGAUUCCCAAAGCCAUAAUUUCUGAAAAAGUGGAGGAGCAGCUGUCCUUACCAUGGGAAAACGUCCUAAUUGUCAAACCAAUGGGGCUAUCUCUGACUCUCAGCCAGAUCCGUUCUCGCCUCUAUACCCUUUGGUAUAACACAGAUGGCUUCGCAGUCAUGGAUAUCGAAAGGGACUACGUUAUGGUGAAGUUUUGGAAUGAGAAGGAUGCCAAGAGUAUUUUACAGUCCGGCCCAUGGAUGUUGUCGAAUUCAUAUCUGCAUGUCCAGAAGUGGGACAGGUCAUUUGAUGCCGUUACCAACAAAAUCAAUAGAAUGGUAGUCUGGAUAAGAUUACCAGGGUUGCCGGUCCACUACUAUAACCAAUCAUUCCUUCGCCGACUGGGUCGCCUGAUGGGUAAGGUCAUUCAUAUCGACCACCAAACUGCAGCCAAGUCAAGGGGGAAGUUUGCCCGGAUGACCAUUGAGAUUGAUAUGGAGAAGCCGGUUUGCACCCAAUUCGAGAUGAAAGGCAGAAUACAACAUGUUGAAUAUGAGAAUAUGCCGUUCCUGUGCCAAACCUGUUAUAUGAUUGGCCACUCGACUCGUAAAUGUGUGAACGCCCAAGAAGAGCAGAGAGCAGAUGAGUCGGAUUGGGUGGAGGUCACAAAGAGAGGGAAGCCCUCUAACCAACAGGCAAAGACCACAAUAGACUAUCCUAGGGAGGGAAUAAUCAGCGGAUCCCGCUUUUCGAGCCUCCAAGAUCUAGACCAAAAAGACGCCGAACUGCCGCCGAUUCCUAGGAAUGUCGAAAAGGAGAAGACAGUAGAGGAUGGACCCAUACCGUCGUCAAAGAUACGCCGGAGGAAUGGACGCUCACGUGAACGGUGGACCCACUCAACUGGUCGAUUGACAACACCAGUCAGGGAGGAGACAGACGGGUGCCUAUCAACCAACCCACCAACACCUACACCUGAAAACCACCAGCCCAAAACAAAGGACAAUGAAAACCCAAUAACCCCCCCUGAAGCCCUAGUCAUCAAAGAGCCCUCCUUAGCCUACAAAAUAUACCCGGCCCCUACCACACUAGACUCUCUAAAACAUCAAGCCAUAUCCAUACAAGUGGAACCCAAACCAAGCCUCUCAUCCCAUAAACCAACCCAAGACCCAGCCCAAUCAGGCACCCUCCAGUUGCCACCGAAAAUUGACCAAAUCAGUGCAGAGAUCCCUCUUGAUAUUCCACAAGAACCUAACAAACCAGAAGUUCAGGCGCAGGAGACACCAUCAACAGGGAGCAUUGUGGGCUUAGAAGACAUAGUACUACAAGAAGGACAAUGUUGCGCAAUGGAAGAGGACACCAAAGCUUCUCCGGUGGUCCAACGUUCGCUCUAA